UCAGUGUCAAAAUCACGCCGGAGAAGAUUAGGUUAUAAAAUCAUAUGUUUUGAUUAUAAUUUCACUAAAAAUGUCUAAGAAAAUUAAAACUUUAAAAUGGGAAUCCGUCCCAAUGGAAGGCUUUCCAGUUUCUAUGUCGGAUAAGCUUCAAGGUUUUGUUGGACUCGAAGAAUGCACGGAAUAUGGUCUCGAUAAGGAUGGAAAGAAAUCGAAAAAAAAGAAAACUACACAAAAACUAAAAUCAACAAAUAAAACAACAAUUUUACAAGAAAAAUCAUUAAUACCUAAUAAAAAAGUGAAACUCGAAAAUGGUUUUAUUGUAGAAGUGUGCGAUAUUGUAAAACCAUCACUAACAAAUGAAAUAAAGCCAAUAGAAAAUAAAUCUAUUGAAAAAAGAAAAGAAAAUCAACCUAUAAUAAGGAAAGAUGUAAAUAUACAGAAAAUAGAAUCAAAACCAAAGAAACGUAAGCUUGGUGAUAUAACAAAAACAUGUGAGAAAUUAACUCCAGAAGACAUGUUGUCAUGGGCUGAAUUCAAAUUACCGGAAGAAAUUAUAAAUGCCUUAGCUGAAUUAGGAUUUAAAAAGCCAACAAAAAUACAACAGUUGACUUUACCAGCUGCAAUACAUGGUCGAAGAGAUAUACUCGGAGCAGCUGAGACUGGUAGUGGUAAGACAUUAGCUUUCGGUCUUCCAAUUCUAUCCGGUAUCAUGAAGUUAAAGGAAAAAGCUGAAUCAGGUUUAAAUGUAUACGAAAUACCAUACAAAAAGACGUCAGUGAAACGAAAAGCUACAAAAGAGAAAGUAAAGAUAGGUAGAAAUAAAAAUAAGAAAAUUAAAACUACGGAAGAGACAUCUGAAGGUUAUUCAAGUGGAGAUGACACUGAGAAUGGAAAAGAAAAUAAAGAAGAAUUUAUAGAAGAAAUAGAAGUACCGAUAAGAAAGAAAGAAGUAUCACAUGAUGAAGGCAAUGAUAGUGAUGAAGAUUAUGUACAUUUAUCAGAGAUGUUAGAUUCUGAUGAUUUAGUGGAAACAAGUGAUGAUGAAGCGGAUACAGGUGAUGUGAAUGAAAAUGAUGGUGAAGAAACUGAUGGGGUUGAUGAAGUUGAUGAAAAUGGUAUUGGAUGUGUAAAAGUAAUCGACGAUGUAGAAAUGCCAGGUCAAGUUGAGGUCAGAACGGGGAAGCCUUUGUAUGCUUUGAUAUUGACUCCAACAAGGGAAUUGGCCAUACAGAUUAGUAGGCAUUUGAUAGCUGCAGCUAAAUAUACAGGUAUAAAAGUAGCCACCAUAGUUGGUGGUAUGGCGUCAGUAAAGCAAGAGCGUGUUCUGCGCUCCGGGCCCGAAGUGGUUGUCGCUACCCCAGGCCGACUCUGGGAGCUUAUAACUCAGGGACAGCCACAUCUACAACAAUUAGCAUCCGUUAAGUUUCUAGCGAUAGACGAAACAGAUCGUAUGAUAGAGCGCGGUCAUUUCGAAGAGUUACAACCACUUUUAGAAAGACUUAACGAUGAUGAAGCACAGCGCAGCACGAGACAGAACUUCGUGUUUUCCGCAACUCUCACUUUGGUUCAUGAUCUACCAGUACAUAUGAAAGGAAAGAAGGUUACAAAGCGCGGGAAAAUAAUAAACAGAAAAAUAGAGAAGAUGACACCGCAGCAGAAGAUCAAAAAACUUGUCACAAUGAUUGGAAUGACUGAUCCUAAAGUUGUCGAUAUUACUACUGAGAAUCUAGGUGCGGCAGAAACGUUAACAGAAUGUCGUAUAGCUUGCGCUUUAGAGAAUAAAGAUUCAUAUCUUUAUUACAUACUGAAGAGACAUCCAGGCAGAACUAUUGUAUUCUGCAACUCUAUAGGCAGUGUUAGAAGGUUAGCACAACUAUUGACAUUAUUGAAGUGCUCCCCGCUACCAUUGCACGCCAGUAUGCCACAGAGACAACGACUGAAGAAUCUCGAGAGGUUCCGUGAUGACCCUCACGGAGUGCUGGUGGCAACAGACGUGGCUGCGCGAGGUCUGGACAUCCCUGAUGUAGACCACGUGGUACAUUACCAAGUACCCAAGACUGCUGAGAACUACGUGCACAGAAGUGGUAGAACCGCGCGCGCUAGUAAAGAAGGUCUUACGAUACUUAUGAUGGAGUCCUCUGAAGCCUACACGUACGCCAAGUUGCGGCGCACGCUAAACAAAACAACGGAACUACCCAUGUUCCCUGUGGAUGAACGCAACAUGUCCUCUAUAAGAGACUUGGUGAGGCUAGCACGUGAUGUAGACGCGUUAUUGUUGCGUCGUCGCCGCUGCGCGCAGGCGGAGGGCUGGCGGGAGAAAGCUGCGCGCGAGAUGGACAUCAUUAUUGAUGAUGAUGAUGUACCAAGGAAAGAGAUAGAUCCGUCCAUAGACAAAGCAUUGAACAUAAAGAAGAAACAACUCGAAUCAUUAUUAUCACGACCGAUCUUUCCCAAAGGAUUUUCGUUUAAAUUCCCAACUCUAAAUACAAUGGAACCAGAAAAGACGAAUGAGAAUGCUUUGCAGGUUAUGAAAAAUGCCAUAGAAACGGGCGCACUGAAAAAGGAAAUGAGGAAAAGUAAAAACGAAUCUUUGUUGAAACUGCAAAAGAAGUUUAAGAAAUAAAACAUUUUUUAUACUGUUGUUUGAA